AUGUUUAUGUCUGGAUUUCUCAUCUUCUCUCCUGAAAUAUCGGCGAGAAUGACUCCGCAAGAGGAGCGAGAGAGCGCUCGCGGCGCUGAGAUAGCGGACGCCUUCGAGGACGACAUGUUUGGCCCUCCUCGCACCGAGCCCGCCGCCGCGCGCCCCAAACUCUCCAUGAUCUCAGCCCGACUGCGCGCUAACGAGGAGCGCAAACGCGUCAUCGAGAUUUGCUCCCAGAAGUUGGAAAACAUCGAGGACCCGGCGCGCGACCUUCGCCGUUCCGUGUGCAUAAACAACACUUACUGCCGCCUGAGCGAGGAGGCGCGCAGAGAGAAGGAAGCCAGGCGACGGCGCGCCAGGGAGGAAUGCGACGACUCGUGGAUCGGCAAGAAGGCCCGCCGCGCUGUCGAGGACGAGUGCCUAGCCCUCCUAGAUGCGAUCCCCGAGCUCGGAGACGCGAACCUCGGGUGCGCGCAGCUCGCGCGGCAGAUGCCCCGACAGGACGCGCUCCUGCCCCCCGGCCUGCUGACGGUUCUGGACUCGUGA